AUGGACGUGGCGAACGCGACAUUCGGCGCGUUGAACCAAACGCAAACCUACUUCAACGUCCUCGAGGAAGUUGGCAAAUACAAUGUUCACUUGAACUUGUUUGAGCGUCUCUGGGCCGCCUGGUACCUGUGGAUGGACAACGACACUCUGGCGACCGGUCUCAUGAGCUUCUUCAUGCACGAGAUCAUCUACUUCGGCCGCUGCCUUCCCUUCAUGAUCAUGGACAAGAUCCCCUACUUCCACAAGUACAAGAUUCAGAACCAAAAGAUCCCCACCCUGAAAGAGCAGUGGGAUUGCGCCGCCAUCGUCCUCGUCAGCCACUUCACCGCCGAACUGCCUCAGAUCUGGUUCUUCCACCCCAUUGCCACCUACUUCGGCAUGGACUACGGCAUUCCGUUCCCCUCGGUCUUCACCAUGGCUUGGCAGAUUGCCCUCUUCUUCGUCAUGGAGGACACCUGGCACUACUGGUUCCACCGCACUCUUCACUACGGCCCUCUGUACAGGAGCAUCCACAAGAUGCACCACCUGUACUCUGCUCCUUUCGGCCUGGCUGCUGAGUACGCUUCUCCCAUUGAGACUGGUCUGCUCGGAAUCGGUGUCGUCGGAUCUCCCAUUCUUGUCCUCGCCCUCACCGGCAAGCUUCACCUCCUGACCAUGUACAUCUGGAUCACUCUGCGUCUCUUCCAGGCCAUCGACGCCCACAGCGGCUACGACUUCCCCUGGAGCUUGCGCCACUUCCUGCCUGUCUGGGCCGGCGCUGAGCACCACGACGUUCACCACGAGAAGUUCAUUGGCAACUACGCUUCCAGCUUCCGCUGGUGGGACUACAUGCUCGACACCGAGGCCGGUGCCGAUGCCCACCGAAGACGCCGUGAGAAGAAGCUGGCUGCUAUGAAGGCCAAGAAGGGCCAGUAA